AUGGCAGCAUCGCAGAGCCAGAACCAACUCGUCGUCAACAACGACCGGGGCGAUACCACGAUCAAUGUGCGCGAGCUUCUCGACCGACCAUGGUACAAAUACCCACACCUACGACGCCUCUACUUGUGGCUCAGUGUUGUUCUUGUGGUCCAGGCUACCAACGGCCUGGAUGGGUCCAUCAUGAACGGCAUGCAGACUCUGACUUACUGGCAAGCCUACUUCCAUCAUCCCACCGGCGGCCAGCUUGGUAUCUUCAACGGCACCCAAGGUCUCGGCGGAGUGGUCUCGCAGUUUUUUCUGUGGUGGCUAGUAGAGAAGAUUGGGAGAAGGUACACAAUCAUCAUCGGUUCUGUGAUUAUUAUAGUGGGAGUGUUCCUGCAGUCAUUUGCUCAGGGGUUGCCCAUGUUCGCCGCAGCCCGUGGUAUCAUCGGCCUCGGACUGAGCUUUGAAUACACUGCUGCUCCAAUGCUCGUCACAGAGCUUGCUCACCCCCAGCAUCGAGCGCAGUUGUCGACUCUCCUUAACACACUCUACUACUUUGGCGCAACGAUCGCCGCGUGGGUCACUUUGGGCACUCUGACCAUCAAGAGCAAUUGGUCGUGGCGCGCGGUGUCCCUGAUCCAAAUGUUUCCAUCUGUCAUCUCUCUAGGCCUUACCUGGUGGGUACCCGAGUCCCCCCGCUGGCUCAUCUCGCGUGGUAGGACUGAGGAGGCUUUUAAAAUCCUGGUUGAAAACCACUGUGGCGGCAAUGAGAGCGACCCCCUCGCAUCUUUCGAGUUCAAUGAGAUACAGAAGACACUCACUUUUGAGAAAGAGAACAGUAGCGGUAGCUGGUUCGAUCUCAUCCGUACCCGCGGUAACCGCUAUCGGACCUACAUUGUGUUGACUUGUAGUGUCGCUUCCCAGGCAUCCGGUCAGACACUCAUCGGCUACUAUCUUGUGGUUGUCUUGACGGGUGUCGGCGUCACCGACCCACGCACGCAGAGCAUCAUCAACGGCUGUUUGACCAUGUGGAACAUGGGCUGGGCUUUCUGGGGUGCUUUUGUUGUUGACAAGUUCGGAAGGCGAACUAUGAUGCUUGGAUCCUUGACCGGCAUGCUCCUUGCCGGUUUCCUCCCGUGGACAAUUUGCAAUGCCAUCUACGUUAUCCACGACGUUCACAGAGCUGGAAUUGCGGUAAUUGCAUUUAUUUUCAUCUUCAAUGGCUUCUACUCAUCGACUUGGAAUGGCAUCCUGACCGGAUAUACUGUCGAGUGCAUGAGCUACGACAUCCGCCCGAAGCUCAUCUGCACUCAGAAUCUUCUGGUCCAAGCGACCAUCACUGGUUUCAACUACUUAAAUCCCGUAGCUUUGAAGAACAUUGGCUGGAGAUACUACUGCAUCAUCGACGCUAUCAUCUUGCUCGAGAUUGCUAUGGUGUUCUUUACAUAUCCUGAGACAAGUCGGAUUACCCUUGAGCAAGUGAAUAUCAUCUUUGAUGGCAAGGACGCCGUUCGGAAUGACCUGUCAGAGAAGGCCGAGGUGAAGCAUCUUGAAGAGAGCUUAACGAAAGAUAAUUGA